UUCCAUCUCUCUCACCUCCUCGCACAACACCAUGGCACCCUCGCUCAAGGACUUUGCCGCGUCCAUCGGCCUGCGCGAUGCGGCGCUGCUGCAGAACAAGCUCUUCAUCAACGACGAGUGGCUCGACGGCACCGAGGGCAAGACGUGCUGAGCGUGCUGCAGACCCCAGCACCGGCGAGCUGCUCUGCACGGCCGUCGAGGGCGGCAAGGAGGACGCAGAGAAGGCCGUCGGGGCGGCCCACGCGGCAUUCGCAAACUUCAAAAAGACGACGGCACGCAGCCGCGCCAGAUUGCUGCGCCAGCUCAACGACUUGCUGCUGGAGAACCAGGAAGAUAUCGCUAGGCUGAUCGUCGCCGAAAAUGGCAAGCCCUGGAAGGAGGCGCUUGCUGAAGUCACCUACUCUGCCUCCUUUCUCGAGUGGUUCAGCGGCGAGGCAGAGCGCGCGUACGGCGCCACCAUCCCCGCAGCCAACCCGGCGAGCCGCAUCAUGACCAUCAAGCAGCCCAUCGGCGUAGUCGCUGCGCUGGCGCCCUGGAACCUGCCGCUCGCAAUGGCCGCCCGCAAGGUCGCCGCUGCCAUUGCAGCCGGCUGUACUGUCGUUGUCAAGCCAGCCGGCGAGACGCCGUACGCCACGGCCGUCUUUGGCGUGCUGGCUAAGCGUGCGGGCGUGCCGAAGGGCGUCGUCAACGUCAUCACUGCGCUCGAGAACACGGCGCUCAUCGGCGAGACACUCUGCACGGACCCCCGCGUCAGGAAGGUCUCGUUCACCGGCAGUACGCGCGUCGGCAAGCUGCUCGUCAAGCUCACGGCCGACACGCUCAAGAAGCUCAGCCUCGAGCUCGGCGGCAAUGCACCUGUGAUUGUCUUUGACGACGCGAACGUCAAGAAGGCCGUCGACGGCGUCAUCGUGUCGAAGCUGCGGAACGGCGGACAAACCUGCGUCGCCGCGAAUCGCCUGCUGGUGCAGAAGGGCAUCCUCGACGCGUUCCUGAAGGAGCUCAAGACGCGCAUGGAGGGCAUGGCCGUCGGUGGCGGGCUGGACCACAACUCGGCCAUCGGCCCUCUGAUUUCUCAAGCCGCGCUGAAGAAGGUCGAUGAGCACACGCAAGACGCACUCUCCAAGGGCGCGACGCAGUACUGGCAGCACCCCGCCUCGCCCCUCACGCCGGAGCGUUUUGCCAAGGGCAACUUCUACCCGCCCACGAUCGUCGUGGGCCUCACGGAGAACAUGAAGGUGUGGGAGGAAGAGACGUUUGGGCCGCUCGCGGCGAUCAAGGUGUUUGAGAAGGAGGAGGAGGUGGAGAAGCUGGCCAACGACACGCGUGUCGGUCUGGGUGCCUACCUCUACACGCAGGACAUUGGCCGUGCGCUGCGUGUCGCCGAGUCCAUCCACGCCGGCAUGGUCGGCAUCAACACGGGCAUGCUCAGCGCCAGCGAGUCGCCCUUUGGUGGCGUGGGCGAGUCGGGCUGGGGAAAGGAGGGCAGCUUGAUGGGCAUCGAGGACUACGUCGUGACCAAGGCGAUCAACAUCGACAUCAGCGCCUGAGUACGGCGACCACCUCUCGGUGCCACACGACCCCUUCUCUCUCUCUUGAUACCUUGCGCCCUCGCCCGCACGGCUCGCCGUCGUGACACGCUGCUGGUCCUGCACAAAAGGCCUCGCUGACACGGCCGUGCCGCAAUCUCAUGACUUUCUUCCAAGGCAGCGCUGCUUUGUUGCGUGGGCACUUCCGAUCUCCUCGCAAUAAAUUGCAGGCACA